AUGCAAUGUAACUCUGAGAAAGGGUAUCCUGAGUUUGAAAGACUAUAUGUGUGUCUUGCUGCUUGCAAGCUAGGAUUCUUGGCUGGGUGUAGACCAUUAGUCGGUCUUGAUGGUUGCCACAUUAAAGGACACCAUCAAGGUCAAUUACUAGCUGCUGUUGGUAUUGAUGGAAAUAACUCUUUCUUCCCAGUUGCAUAUGCAGUUGUAGAAUCUGAAAACAAGGACUCUUGGAAUUGGUUUUUAGGUUUUUUAAAGGAUGACUUGAACAUUCAAGACAAUUCAAGGAUAUUUUGGAUGUCUGAUAAACAAAAAGGACUAAUUGAAGCGGUUAAAAUAUGUUUUGAGGGCUCCGCUCAUAGAUUUUGUGUGAGACAUCUAUAUAAUAAUUUCAAAAAAGAGUUUAAAGGGUUGGUUCUUAAGCAAGUUGUGUGGAGGGCAGCAAGAGCUACAACUAUUCAUAGGUUUGAGGCUGAAAUGGAGAAGUUGAAGGGUCUAAAUGUUGAUGCAUAUAAGUGGUUGGAUGCUAAAGAUCCAAAAACAUGGACCAAAUCACAUUUUCAACCUAAUCCAAUUUGUGACAUGUUACUUAACAACAUGUGUGAGUCUUUCAAUUCAGCAAUACUGGAGGCUAGAGAUAAGCCAAUUCUUACUCUACUAGAAACUAUUAGAAGGUAUAUAAUGGUGAGAUUAGUUAUGAAGAAGGAAAGUAUUUCUAAAUGGAAUCAUGACAUUGCACCAAGAAUUUUCAAGAUACUAGAGAAUAACAAGUCUCAUGCCUUGCAAUGUAUACCUGAGUAUUGCGGUGAUGGAAAAUUUGAGGUGAGAUGUUAUUUUGGUGAUAGAUAUUGCGUUGAUUUAAAUACUAAGACAUGCAGCUGUAGAAGAUGGCAACUCACUGGAAUACCAUGUUCUCAUGGUAUAAGUUGCAUGGAGGAUAGAGACAUUAACCCUGAGUUGUUAGUCCACGAGUGUUACAACAAGACCACUUAUUUAAAAAUAUAUGGUUAUGUUGUAAAUCCAUUAAAUGGCCCUGAGGCUUGGAGAAAAACAAGUCUUGACCCCCCACGAGCUCCUCCAUUUAGAACACUACCUGGAAGACCAAAGAAGCUAAGAACAAUGGAGCCAGGUGAAGUUGAAGUUCCAGGAGGUCGAACUGUAAAGAUGAGGAUGGUACAAGAGGUUAAAACAUGUAGCAUUUGUGGUAAACAAAACCAUAACAAGAAGGGAUGCCCCAAGAGAGAACAACAACCACCAAUUGAAAGCAAAUCAAUUACAACUAUAAAGAAGAAGAAGGAAAAUAAAAAAGAUAAGAUGAGAAGAGAUAUUGGAAUCAAGGUUCUUGACAAACAUACUGGAACAAGCAAAGAAAAGGGGGAAGGCAAUGAAAAGGAAAAAAACAAAGAGAAUGUCAUAUAG